GCUUAAUCGAGCUUGAAUACUUGCCUGCUGCCCUGCUUUUUUAUAUAUCAACCCAAAUGCUCGAGAACCUUUGUUGACAGUCGCGACUUUCCCACUCUCAAGUCGAAAGUCGAAACCUCAACGCACAGCUAACCCUAUUCCCCUCUCCUCUUUUAGCAUAGAGAGGUAGAGUUCACAGCUUGUUUGAUCUGGGAGAUUUGGAUUGUCGUGCCUGCGGAAAUGCUUCCGCUUUCUCUCCUCAAAACAGCCCAGGGGCAUCCCAUGGUAUGCUUCACAUCUGUCACUUUUUUUACAUUAAGACCCACGCUAGCGCAUGUGUUAAUUCUCUAAUUGUAUAUGUCUACUCCCCAUUUGUUGUUGCAGCUGGUGGAACUCAAGAAUGGGGAAACUUAUAAUGGGCAUUUGGUAAAUUGUGAUACUUGGAUGAAUAUUCAUCUCCGGGAAGUCAUCUGUACUUCGAAGGAUGGAGAUAGGUUUUGGAGAAUGCCAGAAUGUUAUAUUCGUGGGAACACAAUUAAAUAUCUUCGGGUUCCAGAUGAGGUGAUUGAUAAAGUUCAAGAAGAAACAAAAAGCCGAACAGACAGGAAGCCACCUGGUGUAGGGCGUGGCAGGGGAAGAGGUAGAGAAGAUAACGUUGCUGGAAGACAGGGAAGAGGAAUUGGGCGUGGGAUGGAUGAUGGAGCUGCCAAAGGCCGGGGAAAGAGUGGCCCUGGUGGCAAGCCCAGUGGAAAAGUUGGAGGUCGCGGGCGAGGCUAAUAAGUUUGAAGGGUCCAUUGAUAGCCAGGAUUGCCUGCCACUUGCAACACAGAGGGGCAUGGUAGGCAUGUUAAAGUGUGUGGAUUGAAGAAACAUCUCAUCUCUUAUCCUGCUUCCUCUUAUGGUUGGAGAAUCAUUAAUGAAAAUGUAUUUUGGGUUAUUCCUUUAUUGUAUUGUUGUCAAUUGUCAUUAAUAUUUGUUAGUGGGAUGGAAUGUAACUAGCCUUUUUAAAAGUGUUUUAACUUUGUGAAUUCCAUUUGUGAUAGUGGGACUGGAAAGUGACCUACACUCUAGACUGAUAGUCUGAAUUCCAAUUAUUAAAAUUUUAACAAUUUUAACAUGGAUGUGAAUUCCAUCUCGAUCUGUCAUAGUUAACAUGAUCAACAAUUUUAUGCC